GCUCUGCUGAGUAUCUGGAGGAGGAGGAACCUCGAGCAGAGGCAGCAGCAGCUCUCAGACCGCAAGCACAACGACACACAUACGAGACAUUCGCCUGCGUUUUCUUCACUUCUCACACAUUAACCGUCUCUGAAAAAUGGCAGCGGUACAGAGGUUUUUCAACUCCACCAUGCCCUUUUCCGAUGCCAAAGACCAGCAAAAGAUAGUUGGUUGUCACUACCCCAUGCCAGAACCACAUGCAGCAGGCACCGCUGGCAAAAACGAGCUCCAUAAGCAGAUUCUUGGUACAGCCCUUUUGAAGGCCAUCUAUCAAGGAACAGCCAAGCAAGUGGGAACGGGGUCUCUGGGGACAGAGAAGUCAUCCUUUAUUGCCCAGGCAGAGUGUGAAUCUCAGGACUCGCAGGAAUUCUGCCCUAACACCAGACUCCAAAAUAACAUCUACAGUGAAGUCAGCACUUCCCUCUCUUGCACUCAGAGGUCAGCCAGUCGCCGGCGGCCGCGGAAAAAGCGUCGAAAGAGGCGACGGAGGCAGGGGGAGAGGGAGGGUCAGCGGCCGGAUGAAGAGAGGGAGAGAGUGAGAGAGAGGAGACUGACUGGAGUGCCAGAACAGGACAGUGGAGAGGUGGGACAGUGUAUCUACAGCAGUCAAAGCAGCAGCUCUUACAGCAGUACCAGUAGCAGCAGCAGCAGAAGCAGUGCUGUUAGCACAGAGAGCCUGUCUGUGCAGGAGACAGCUCAGCCUCACCACAACCUUCACAGCACACCCCUUUCCUCCCCACACUGCCCACACUGGAGGCCCCUCCAGACACAGCCGUCCUGUGACCUCUAUGGCCAGGAGUGUCAAAGUUCGGUUGACUCGUCUCUGGUCAGUGAGACAGAGUGCCAGCUGGCUGUCCAGGGUCUCCGAAACUACGUCACAAACGCUGAAAGAUGCUACGCACCAGCUUUCGCCAGAGAAAUGGUCAAAGAAGAGGAGGAGAGACAGCAGCAGCAGGAGGAGGCGGAGGAUGAGGAGGAAGGGUGGGAGGAAAAUGACACAAACGAAGGGAUUCUCUUCGAAAAGAAACUCAAUCCCAAAAACUAUGAAUAUCGGGAGGGGACGGAUUAUGAAGUUUAUGGUUUGAUAAAGCAAGGCUCAUAUGGAGACGUGUACAGCAUCAGGGACAAAUCCAGUGGCUUCAUCUGCGCUGCCAAAAAGGUGCCAUUAAAGGGAUUCAGUUCUGAGGAGGUGGGCUCGUGGAGUGCCCUCAAAGCUCCUCAUGUGGUGGAACUCUUUGGAUUUGUGCGAGAAGGUGCAUCUGUGAUUCUUUUUAUGGAUCGUAAACCUGGCUGUCUGGGGCAGUUGCUAAAGGAGAGGGGCCGUCUGCCUGAGGAUCUCUCCCUGCACUACCUGCACCAAGUGUUGGGGGCGCUGGAACAUCUGCAUAAGAGGCGCAUCCUGCACCUGGACAUCAAAGUUGAUAAUGUGUUGCUGUCUGAAGAUGGGAAAGAUGCGUUCCUUUGUGACUUUGGAGAGUCAGAGCGAUUAGACCAUCAUGGAUUCAGUCCUUACAAAGGUCUGAAGGGUACAGAGACACACAUGGCUCCUGAAGUGGCACGCGGAGACCAGCGCUGCGCCAAGGCGGACGUGUGGAGCAGCUGCUGCAUGCUUCUGCACAUGCUCAAUGGCUGCCAGCCCUGGAUCCGAUACUACUCCCACCCUCUUUGUCUGAAGAUAGCCGAAGAGCCGCCACCCCUAAGGGAGAUCCCGGCUGACUGCAGCUCAUAUACUGCUGACGCCAUUAAACGAGGACUGCAGAAAGACCCGAGCCAAAGAUCUUCGGCCAAGGAUCUCAGACUGCUAACAGCCAAAGCACUUAAACAAUUGGGAGGUCUUCGUAGCCCUGCGAAGGGAGGAGCCUAUCAGAAACCAAUAGAGAAGCCAGAGAGGCGUGAUGCCGCCCCUCUCUCCCGUAGCUCUGUGCAGCAGUGGAUGGGCUCAGAGCAAAAGCGGAGAGAGGGGGCUGGAGUGAGGGAAGGGCUGGAGAACACGAGCACCAGUGACGACGAACCAGAGGAGGUGGUCAGUGAAGAGGAGGAGCCAGAGGAGGAGGAAGAUGACGGUGAUGAAGAACAAGAGGAUAGAAUAAAUAGAAGAAAUAAGAGAUGUCCUCCUCAAGCUUCAACGCUCUAUAUCCACCCUCCAAACCCAGAACCCAGUGAACUCACCGAGCAGGAGCUCCAGCUACGCAAACUUGAGAGGGAUUUCUUCCUAAGUAGCCUGUCUCAGCCUCACUCCGCUGAACUACAGGAACAGCUCCUGUCCUGCCUGGGCAGUGACUGCCCCUCUGCCAGAGAGCCAUGGGAAAAGAAGGAUUCGGGACGCUGGUCCGUCGGCCCUGGCGAUGACCUCAGCUCAGGUGUGUUCUCCUACAACAGCCAAUCGGACGGCCAGAGCUUCAGCAUGGACUGGCUUGUUCCAGCCCAUCAGCCUCCGCCCCGCUGCUUUGAGGGAGUUGAUGUUUGCAUCAGGGAUUUUAACGGACGCUGCUUCCGUAUCCGUGAAACACCCCGGGUGAAAGUGGGCCACAUUGCUGUAGGAAUCAGUGAUCAGAUCUCCGAGAAUGUGUUCAGUCUGCAGGGUGAGGACGGUUCUCUGGUGCCUCAUGAUAAGGAAGUGCAGGAAACGGGCCUUUUCCUGCGCUGCGUCCCCGCCCCAGACUGUAGCCACGCCCCCUGCUGCAGACGAGCUCCAAGCUGCAGACACCCCCCCUGCUGCAAAACACCAUGGAGCUGGAGAGUACGCGAUGGAGUGCUGGAGAGCAAAGAUUGAUUUCUGAUUGAUUGACUCUGUAAAGCCUGCACUUCUUCUAUUCCCACUUUACGCACUAAAGCUCUGUCUCUUAUAUAAAAAAUAAAUAUGUCUUUAUAUAGAUUAAAAAAGUGUAUACAGGGUUUAUACCACUGAUAACAUCUGUUUGUCUAAUGCAUGCCUAAAUCACACUUGCUCUAAUGUUGGUAAAUAUCUCAAAUAUAAAAAAUAGACCUGGGACCGGAUUCACAAAUGCAUCUUAAGAAAUAAAUUUCAACUUAUUAAUUAACUUUUAAAGAAAAAUUAUAAGAUAAAUGAUUAUUUUAAUCUCAAAAAAGGUCCAAGAACUAAUUUAGAUUCUUCAAACGAGACACGGACGGAGACACUAAUAACUAGGUGGGGCUAGACAAGGGCGGAGACAAGGGAUGAGGAAAAAAAAAGUCAAAACAAAAUAGAGGCAUGUACUGUAAAAUAUACUUCUUCAACUGCUAUUAACAGUAGUAAAAAAAAACAUAUUUUUCUUAAGAAAUUAAUUCUUAUUGCUUAUUAUUUAACUUAAUACUUAAGAAAAAAAGGUAUUUUUUAAUCUCAAAAAAGUCAGAGAACAAUUCAGAUCCUUAUAAAUAAUUUAUAUUAAUAAUUAUAAUUAAAAAACAAAAACAAAUCUUACAAUAGUUUCACACUAAUUUUAGACCUAGUUGGCACCUGAUCACAUUACUGACUAAUAUGUGGAUUAUUUUCAAGAUUUUCAGCACAUGCAUCUCUGUUUAGUCAGACUGAAAUAAUGUGAAAUUGCUGUGGGGCAAUACAAAUUCAUACAAAUUCACUCACUGCACCACAAUUAUUUCUGGCGUUUUGGUUAUACUGGGAGAAAUUAAAUGGUUGUUAAAUAUAUUUUGGAGAGAUGGAUGUGUUUACACUGCAGUAACAUGCGGUUCAGAUGCGUCUCAGACCACCUCCUGAAGUGGUUUGACUAAUCAGAAUUAAAUAUAUGUUUGUUAACACUUUAUGCGGUUCAGUAUAAUAUGAACUCUUUAUAGUUCUAUAUUAUAAAUGCAAUUCAUUUUUAGCUCUUGGUUACUAAAUGUUUUGAAUGUGUAAUAUGAUUUCGGGUUUUCAUCCAUUUUGCACAGAUUUACCUGAAUAUUAAACCAUUCAAAAUGUUAUUGCACAUUAUUUAAGAUAAGAUGUAAAAUGCAGCAAUACAAUUAUACCUUAUAAACUUCUAUAUCUGAAAACGAUACAAAGGGUCUCAAGAAAAUCUUAAGAAAAUAAUUACAAAUUGCAUUUCUGCAUACAUUCCUAUGAAGUGUAUAUAUUAUCUUAAGAGCCAUUGUAUUUGCAUUUUCUUAGGGAGGUUUUUGUGAAUCCAGUCCCUGUUUAAUGCUGUCCUGUUCUCCUGUUUCUGGUUGAUUCACCAAAUUGUACACUUACAUGUAAAAAUGUGACUUUUUACACAUAUUUCAAGUUUUUCAAACAUUCCAUAAAAUUGUUGUGUAUUAUAAGAAAGUUUACACUGUGUGCUAAUAAGGUUUGAAUGUUGUUUACAGAUUUACAUGUUUUAAAACCAUCCUUAUGACUCAGCUUAAGUUAACUCCUAAUCACACACCCAUCAGUCAAUCACAGUAAUUAUACACCAUUUCUUGCUGCAGCAUAGAGCCAUAUAUAGUCAUUUCUACUGUAGUGUGCUACUCUUUUCUUAACCACUGCUAAUUACUGCUACCCCCUCCUACAGCCACCAUGAGCAUGACUGUGAGAAUAAAAGCUGUGAUUUCAUACCAA